AUAUGGAGGCCUGACUGACAGCCCUGUCAGUUCUGUGGUGUUGGUGUCAAUUUGGUGGUGAUUGUGUGAUAUUUUAAUUAAAAGAAAAUUGUUUUGUACAUUUUUUAUCAUAAAUGACGUCUGGCAAGGACACAAUGGGUGAACAACCUAUUUUCACAUGCAAAGCCCACGUUUUCCACAUUGACCCGAAGACGAAGCGUUCGUGGAUGCCGGCGUCGAGUUCAGCGGUCAGCGUUUCAUUUUUUUACGACUCCUCGCGGAGCCUCUACCGGAUCAUCAGUGUCGAGGGCCAGAAGGCUGUUAUAAAUAGUACAGUUACCCCAAAUAUGACUUUCACAAAAACGUCGCAAAAGUUCGGCCAAUGGUCGGACGUGAGGGCUAACACUGUCUACGGACUGGGCUUUUCUUCAGAGACUGAGCUUCAGAAGUUUAUUGACAAAUUCAAUGAGGUGAAAGAGGCCACUAGAUCAGCUAUCAGCAAAGUCACUGCCAAUGGUGGUUCAGCUGUAACGCCCGUUACAAGCGCGAAUGCCAGUCCUAUCACUGCGAGAGCAGCCAAUGCCACGCCAGAUCAGUCAGAUACUCUACUCGAACCUCCUGGAAGUGCCGUAGCUACAUCUACACCUAUUGUUAAGUCGGAAGACGACAUUCCCCACCCUCGGAGUCACUCAAUCUCGACACUGCAAAGUAACGAAAGCCCCAGCCAUCAAAUCAAACCGGACAAAACGUCCUAUGGAAAUGCCCCAACGAACCCGAUCGACAUGCAGCUGAAAUACGAGAACGAUAGGCUCAAACUGGCUCUAGCACAAAGUUCGGCCAAUGCUAAAAAAUGGGAAAUCGAGUUGGCCACGUUAAAGAGCAACAAUGCAAGACUAACAAGUGCACUUCAAGAAAGCACGGCAAACGUCGAUGAGUGGAAACGACAAUUGGCAAGUCUUAAGGAAGAAAAUAUGCGAAUGAAAGCGAAGUAUCAAGCAGAUUUGGAAAAUAGUAAAGGUGGCGGCGACAUUGCCGAUGAACUGCGCCAAGAAAUUCAAAGUCUGCGAAUUCGCCUCGAACAGAUGGAGGCCGAGCUGGACGCCAAAAAUAGCGAAUUCAAGCAGUUGGCUUUCCAGAAACCGUCGGAUAUUCAGGCGUUGCAGAAGGAAAACCAGGAGCUCCAGGCGACGGCAAAAUUGGCCCAAUCCGAGCUGGACAUCGCUCUCAGCGCCCACGAAUCUCAGCGCCAAAUCCUCCUCACGCUGAAUUCGCAGCUGGCGUCGCGAGUACAAGAACUAGCAACGAUCCACGACGAAAUCACCACGGCUUUGCAGACGUGAGAGCUUGAAGACAGAUAGCAUCGUAAUGUACGCGAACGCAUUUAUAUUGCAUAUGUAUAGGGUCCGUGUAAUAUCUUGCUUAGGUCUAUAACUAUGAAUGUCUCGAAAAAUAUAAUAUUCAUAACGUACGUACUAUCGGUUAUAAACUUUAUACUUUAUUUAUUUACAAAGUGCCACCGCACAAUUUAUUAGGUUGUCUAAUGUCCAUGCAUUUAUUGAAAUUGUGAUGUGUCCGGACUCGCGUCCAAAGGCCAAAACGAACAAAAGUUAUUUUAUUCUGCAGCUUCCUUGAUUAAAGUGGCGCCGUCUAUUUUUUUUCCUUUCUUUCCUUCACGGAUUAAGGAAGCUGUUUUAUUCAGCUGCGAUUUUUGGUUGUGUAAAUGCCAUUUAAUUGUAGGAUUUUCAAGUAUCAAAGCGUUUUAUACGUAACAAUGCGUACUGUCGUGCAGCUUUCAGUAUUUUGUUAAUAGUUGCAGAAUUAACAUAUCAUGGGUUUUGUGUUUUA